AUGUAUGCGGCUAAAGUUAUGUCAGCCUUUCCUUCAAGCAGCAAUUUCAAGCCAAUUAAUCCAGAAUUGAACGAUGUUCAGUCGUUUGAUGUUGUGGUAGGUUAUUGAAGGGUAAUCUCUACUACAAUAUAGUAUUUUUUUAUGUUAUGGUAAAACAAUGUAAAACUAUUAUUGUCUUUAGCUUUUUUGAACUAACUCAUCUUUGUUUCUAAAUUACUUUCUUAAAUUAAUGUUAAUUCAGGCUCCUCGAGCUUCCAAUUCUGUCGUCAAAACCACCGGAGUACCUUCUGUAAGUCAAAUCAUAGGUUGUACAGAUCCGAUGGAGAACUUGUAUCAAUGGCAAUUACAAAUGAUCAAAAAGCAUGGUAUUAUGGGAUUCAGACAGCAUAUGACGAGGAGAAUGCAGGUUGGGACGUGCUUUCAUAGUGUAGUAGAGCUGCUGUUGAAGGAACUGAAACAGAACGGAGAAAUCGCGUCUACUCCUGAAAAAGUGUUGAGUAUGGUAAGGAUUUUUGAAGAGUUUUGGGAUUUUUAUGGAUGUUUUAGGGCUUUUAGGUAUUGCAAUGACUUAUUUAUUGUAUUUCCGAUCAAAGUCUUAAUGUGCUUAUAAAAAUUUAAUUAAAAAAAAUGAUUGUUUUAGAAGCCAAAUUGUGACCAAUUCAAAGCUGAACUGAAAGGAUAUUUCAAUGGGUUGUUGCCGUUCUUAAAAACAUUGAAGAGCAAUGACAAUAUCAUACUAGAGGGGCGUGUUGAUCAUCCAUACUUGUACUUCAGAGGCCGUUUUGAUGCGAUUGUAGAAAUUGAGUAAGUUUUCUAGUCUUAUUAGAGACUUUCAUUUUAAUUAUGACAUUUUUAUGGUAAUUUUAUCAUUUUCCACCACUUCGUUUCAGUGGAGACCUAACCCUAGUCGACUGGAAGACAAUCAACAAAGAAUCGGCCAAAAGUCAAGCUACAGAAGCCCAAACUCCGCAAGAUCUCUUCUCAAAUCCUCUACAAUUGGCAGCCUAUGUUUCGGCCGUGAAUUGUUCAUCUCUCUACCCAGAGUUACCAACAAUUAAGAAAGCAGCCAUAGUGUUGGCAUACGAAGACAGAGACGAUGUUGAGGUAGUCAAGAUGGAUCUGGAGAGUAUUCAGGUGGGUUUAAAGUUUUGUUUUGGAAAUUAAGUUAAAGUUUUUGCACAAUUUAUGGGCAGGGUAGGUGGUCGGUAAGGUUAAAAACUCAAAAACUAUCCAAAAGUAAUGUAUAGAUAAAUUUUUAAAACAAAAAACUAUGGAAAUAGUAGUAAAACAUCAUGUUUUAGUUGCACUUUGACCACUUUCUCACCCGAAUCAACAGAUUUUGGUGGGGAGUUGAGAAUAAAAUGGAAAAAGGCGGUGUUGUCGACUUUCUCUACAACCCAGUGGCUAAAACUAUCAACAAAAUGAAAACUAAAUCCGGUUGA